AUGGCACCGAAAAAGAGCGUAAAGAAGAACGUGGAUGCCACCCUGGAGAAGAAGGAUGCGCCCCCGGUCGCUGUUCCUGUUCACGUGACCAAAUCCGCCGACAACGAUAACACAAACGUCUUUACCAAGGUGCUCAACAACUACACCAAGCAGAGCACCCCCAAGCUCAAGCUGAUUGACUCGUUUCUAGCCUUUCUGGUGGUUCUCGGGGUCUUUCAGUUUGUCUUCUGUUUGCUCGUCGGAAAUUUCCCCUUCAAUGCCUUUCUUGGUGGCUUUGCCAGCACUGUGGGCCAGUUUGUACUCACUGCCGCUCUGCGAAUCCAGACCGCAAAACAGAACGCCAAGGAGUUUCCUGGCGUCAGCAGCGAGCGAUCAUUCGCCGACUUUCUGCUCGGCUCUCUGGUGCUGCAUUUCUGUGUCUACCACUUCAUCAACUAG